AUGACGGACAGUGACAGUUGGCCAGCACAAAACUGGCUCACAACUGAACAUGACAAGUUAGACCAAGUAGACACACCUGCUGUCACAGAUGUUAGACACAUGCUGCAGAGUAGACAAGUGGCGCAGUGGCCCUCGCGGGUGUUACACAGGUCAACAAAAAAUACUGAGGGAGUAAGGAUCUCAAAGAAGACGCGAGUGUUGGUGCUUGCCCAGAGCCGCCUCAGACCACACAGUCAUCAUAAACUUUACAACAACCGAAUUGCUUUCAGCAACGCCAAUUUCGACUGGAUUGAGAUGAUGUUCCAGCAGCAGCUGCAUCGCUCUAGAGCAACAAACCAAACUACUCAGGGUCCGUGUGCAUUCACUCAGUCCUCUGCCGGCUUCCACCACAAAUAUGGAGUGAUGGACUAUCACAGGAGAGGUAUGGGAUCAGGGUCCCCAGAAAAGGAUAGAGAAAAAGCUGCAUUCAUUAAGAAGGAGAGAGGACAAGUUACAGAACAUGUCACGCCCCCUCAGAACGAAGCAGGAUUUGUCAGGUCAGAGUUCAAUAGAAAGGAUAUAGGGCAAGUUAAAUCGGUCUCCAAAACCGAUAACAAAGAAAAAGUUAAGUCAGAGCCCCAAGGAAAAGGGACAGAAGAGGUCAACUCUAGGUUACAUUUAAAAGAAGUUGAGCAAGUUAGGUCAGGGUCUCUAAGAACAAAAACAGUAAACGUGAUGUCCACAUUAAAGGACACAGAACAUAACAGAUCAGUGUUAUUAGGAAAGAGCAUAGUCCCAGGCAGAGGAAGACAGAUGGUGACGAGGACCUUCCGUGAUCAUCUGGUGCCUCAGGAGAGUGGUGAUGGUGGGGGUCUAUGGUGGUGGGACACAUUCCUGCCCCUCAACCAGGCUGAGAUCUCAGAGUGUGAGGAGCUGUACAAACGAGGCCUAACCAACCACCCGUUGUAUAAGAGUAAUCUUUUAUUAUGCAAAGACCCUCACCACGCAGGCGGUGCCACGACACAUGACCUCGUCACCAUGAUACUAAACCUCUUAUGCAACUCUGUGUUGGCUCUACCUAGUACUUACUGCUGCAACUGAGUCCGUAAGGUAUGAAGCCUGGCUGAAAGAGCACAGAAUUUGUUUCACUAUUGAAGGACAGGGAGAACCCAACUUUUUUUUUUCUUACUACUGAAUGACCCACCCUGGUUUAAAGCUUCAUAUAUUUUUUUAAUUAUUCAUAUUUUCAACAGAGCCACGCCCCAGACAAACCACACUUGCAUUUGUGGUCACAUUGGUGCCUAUGCUAACCUUCCUAUGGUGUAUAAAUAUACCUAGUUGGAUGAAUCUUAUUGUAGCCAGCUGGCCCAGUGGCUAGCGUGUCGGCCUAGAGUUUUAUGACUCUCUGAUCGCGGGUUCUAUCCCCGCCCGUGGCAUGGUUUGUUUCCAAUCGUGUCAUUACGAAUUCGCGAGUCACGCCCCAAUAUGUAUAAUUGAAUAUGGUUCCAGCU